AUGUUUCGUUGCCUAAAUAGGUUCGAGCAAUUUGAACACGAGAAUCCUGGCGAAACCACGUCGGUUUGCAUAGUGUCGUCCUUACCAAACAACGGAACCGUAGUCGACGCUUACGGAUGCGACACGGUAAUAGCGCCUUCCGUUUAUCUGCACACGGUGUAUAUAGGACUCGCCUGUAUCCCUGGCUCUAUCAUUCUACCGAUUUUCGUACACAAACUUGGAGCCAAGUUCUUUUUGAUCGUGUCGUUAUUGGUAUCCGGCGCCGUGACAGUCGCCUUCUAUUUUGUGAUCAAUUCAACGCAGAACCUGAUAUUGUCGUGCGUGUUCGAGGCGCUGACGUCUCUCGGUAUCUCGCUGGUCUAUUGCGUAAUCGUCGACAUGUUCCCGACGAAUCUCAGAGUAAUGGCUGCGGCUCUAUCUCUUACCAUGGGUCGAUUAGGCGCGCUGGUUGGCAACUUAGUGUUUGGCUACCUGAUUGAUUUAGCCUGCGUGAUUCCAAUAAUUUUAUUCGCAGUAUUUUUAUUCAUGUGCGGACUUAUGUCUUUCUUGUUGCCGAAAACAGGGAAAGAGACACUCGCAUAAUCGAAGAACGACUCACCUCUGGAAGUGAAUCGCGCGAUAAAAACAAAAAUAUGUAUUUCCGGAAGUGGAAAGAUAAUCGAAACGCCUUUCGAUUGUCAAGAAUCGCGCUCCUGCAAAAGAAGCUCGAGCUAUAAUCUUGACAAACAUCAGCGUGUAUAUCAUAAGAAUAAACCACAAACACUUUGGUUUUCAUAGGAUCAUGAAAUUUUCAACAACGAAAAUACGUUUUUACCUCGAGCAGCGUGUAAAUUCGUGUAAAUAUGUAAUAUUUAUUUUAUUUUGUUUUACCUUGCGUAUCAUCUUGAAGAUGAAUAGAUAUUAUAAUUAUAAAUUAUACAGGAUAACUUAUAGAUGUUGUUAACCAAGGUUUGAAUUGCGCGGCAAAUAAAUCGAUUGAAUAGUCGAUAAGAUGUCUUGCUUGCAACAGAUUGUAAGACUCUAGUAACAAGAGGCUAAAAGAUGAAUUUAUAAUUCCUUUGUUCGACUUAAAACGAAUAGAUGUAAUUUUAGAUUAUACGUGUUCAAUUUUGAGGUUAUAUUAUACAUGUUCAAUUUUACUAAUUUUGAGGUUAUGUUAUACACGUUUAAUCUUACUGCAUGCAUCUGAGUACAUAUAUGAAUAUGUGUACUUAUAUAUGUAUGUACUUCAAACUAUGUACUUAUUAGUUGCCAAUCGUUCUCCCUCGUCAAAUUUGCAAGAAAUAUGUGAAAGGAUAAAAUUUCACUGAUUUUGUUUAAAUUGUAUAACGCAAUAGUCCGAAUAUGUAUAUUUUUUUAAAUUCGUCUAUUUAAUCAAUAAGACUGUAAAUUGAGAAAGUCUGUAAAUUGAGAAAUAAUUUCUUUUUUAUAUGACAGCGAAUAUUGAGAUGGAUUGAACAGUUCAAAGUUAUUGAUAGAUGCAGAAAUUGAAUUGAGUUGAUACUUUAGAGAUUUUGCAACGUUAAAUUUAUAAAUAUUUGAAGGGUGUGAAUCACAAACUCUUUCAUACGAAGCGAAAUAAAUUGCAGAUAUCAAUG